ACAAACCAAAGUCCAUACCAUACCCCACCAGAGUACACUAUUCCUGAUUCCGAAUCCGAGAACGUGGUUGUGACAGGAUCAUUGAGCUCGGCAAGAAUGGAAGAACACAGGUUGAGCUUGAGAAUGAGCACGCUUGUCUUCACUCUUUCCAUUAUCAUCAUCGUACUCUCUUACCCAGCACAACCACUUGCGUUGAACCAUUCUCCGAAAUUCCUAGGAAAAUUCGCAGCAACAGCACGAACCCAUUCAAAUUCCGAGCCACCGCCGCAAUUCCACUACGAAAAAAGAUACUUCCAACAGCGCCUCGACCACUUCAGCUUCUCGGAGCUACCCACGUUUCCUCAACGCUACCUUAUCAGCACCGAACACUGGGUGGGCCCACAUCGCCUGGGCCCAAUUUUCUUCUACUGCGGCAACGAAGGCGACAUCGAAUGGUUCGCCCAAAACACAGGCUUCGUCUGGGAAAUCGCCCCUCGCUUUGGAGCCAUGGUGGUUUUCCCCGAACAUCGAUAUUACGGCGAGUCUGUGCCUUACGGGAGUGCAGAGGAAGCGUAUAAGAAUGCCACUACCUUAUCGUAUCUAACAGCAGAACAAGCACUUGCUGAUUUUUCCGUUCUCAUCACUUAUCUCAAGCAUAAUUACUCCGCCAAGGAUUGCCCCGUUGUCUUGUUUGGAGGAUCAUAUGGUGGAAUGUUGGCUGCAUGGAUGAGACUCAAGUAUCCUCAUAUUGCUGUUGGGGCACUAGCUUCUUCCGCUCCGAUUCUUCAAUUUGAAGACAUUGUGCCACCUGAAACUUUCUAUGACCUUGUUUCCAAUGCUUUUAAGCGUGAAAGUUUCACUUGCUUUAACUAUAUAAAACAGUCAUGGAAUGAGAUAGCAUCUACAGGCCAAACAAAUAACGGGCUGGAGCUUCUGACCAAAACUUUCAACUUAUGUCAGAAAUUGAAGAGGACUAAAGAUCUGUAUGACUGGGCAGAGGCUGCGUAUAGUUAUUUGGCGAUGGUGAACUACCCAUAUCCUGCUGAAUUCAUGAUGACUUUGCCUGAACACCCCAUCAGGGAGGUUUGUAGAAGGAUUGAUGGGGGUCCUGCUGGGACUAGUAUUCUAGAGCGCAUAUAUGAAGGAGUGAAUGUCUACUACAAUUAUACUGGAGAAGCUAAAUGUUUUGAACUGGAUGAUGAUCCUCAUGGCAUGAGCGGUUGGGAAUGGCAGGCUUGCACUGAAAUGGUUAUGCCAAUGUCUAGCAGCCAGGAGUCCAGCAUGUUUCCCCCAUAUGAGUAUAAUUACACUUCUAUCCAAGCGGAGUGCUUAAAGAAAUUUGGAGUGAAGCCAAGGCCAAGAUGGAUUACUACAGAAUUCGGCGGGCAUGAUAUCCAUGCCACCUUGAAGAAAUUUGGAAGCAAUAUAAUUUUCUCAAAUGGCCUCUUGGAUCCAUGGAGUGGUGGCGGCGUUUUGCAGAAUAUAUCUGAAAGUGUGGUUUCACUUGUCACUGAAGAAGGUGCACACCACAUAGAUUUACGUUCUUCAACAAAAAAUGAUCCUGAUUGGUUGGUAGAGCAGAGGGAGACUGAGAUAAAGCUGAUAGAAGGUUGGAUCAGUGACUACCACCAGAAAAAUGAAGCUAUGUUUGAUAUGUAACAGAAUCUUUCUACUGUUUGCUUCAGCACUGUUCUGUAUAUAUAGCUCAGUAAAACACGUUUGUUAGGUUUGACAAACCUUAUGUUCUUGUUUGGUUUUGUAAUUGCUCGGGACAAUAUUUGCAAGCAAUUUUUCUUUGAAUUUGAGUCUAAUUCAAUUUCACAAAACUAA